GAGAACGUGACCUACCAGCAGCUGAAGGACCGAUGCGUGCGCGAGGCCGAGACGGGGCUCUGGCUCCUUCCUCUCUCCGAAGACGCCGUGUUCUGCGCGGACGAAGAGACCGCGGCCGUGCUGAGGUCGGUGACCGUGUGCGUCAACGUGGGGCGGUUCAAAGGACAGACGGUGUCGCUCUGGGACCUCCUCAACUCCGAAUACUUCUCCGACAGCAAGAGGAGAGAGCUGGUGCAGAAGUACAAAGCUGAGAGCAGCGAAGCGCUACGCGAGAUCGCAACGGCCGUCAUCGCCGUCGUCGAAGAGACUGAGACGCGAGGCACCACGUUUGCCUUCAAGGGCCUGCGGAAAAGAGUGUCGGCCAGCGACCUCUUCCAGUCCCAACUGAUAGACAAAAAGACCCUCGACGAGCUCAGCCAGGGCAAGAAAACCGUCAAGGAGGUCACUGAGAUGGACUCCGUGCGCCGGUACCUGGAGGGCAGCAAUUUCAUAGCGGGGGUCCUGAUACGGCCAAGCAACGAGAGGAUGAGCAUCUACCAGGCCAUGAGGAAGGGCAUCCUGAGGCCCGGGACCGCGCUGGUGCUGCUGGAGGCGCAGGCUGCCACCGGCUACAUCAUCGACCCCCAGAACAACAGCAAGUUUUCGGUGGAGGAAGCGUUAAGCGCAGGUCUGAUCGGGGCGGAGAUUUUUGAAAAGCUACUCUGCGCGGAAAGAGCUGUGACGGGCUACACCGACCCCUACACCAAAGCUCCCAUCUCCCUCUUCGAGGCGAUGAACCAGGGGCUGAUCGUGAAGAGCCACGGCAUCCGCCUGCUCGAGGCCCAGAUCGCCACCGGCGAGGUCUCCGUCGGGGAAAUCCUCUGCUCCCACUACGUCUCCGAGCAGAGAAGGAAGGAGCUCGUGCUGCAGUACAAAUGCGGGAGCCUCGCGCUGCAGGAGCUUGCCGCCCUCAUCCUGGCAAUAAUUGAGGAUGCUGAGCGAAGAGCCGGAGCUCUCAAGGUGAAAGGCCUCCGCGGGGACGUGUCC